AGAAGGAAGUGAGCUCAAAUUUAUAGAAAUCGAGGAAAAAUGUCCCCUUGUUUUAAGGGAGAGAAAGAGGGAAAGCGUAGCGAGAAGGGAAUCAAAUUUCUCGAAUUGAAUUUGUUUUGGGAGGAUGUAGUGCGAUCCUGUGGGGGGAGAGAGAGAGAAAGAGGGAUAGGGAUAGGGAUAGGGGUAGGGGUGAUCUUCAUCUUCUCCUUCUGCUUUCUCUCCAUUAUUGAUUGUAUCGGCACCCCUCAAUAAGCCAUUCGAUUCCUUCAUCGAAGUUGCGCAUGGAGACUGCAACGGCGAUGAAUGGGAUCCGGAAUCGGCAAUUGGCCCCAUCCUCCAUAGUCGACGCUCCGAAGAAACGGCUUUAUCAAGCUUGGUAUGGCCACAAUAAAUUCGUUUGUGGUGGGAGAUUGGUCUUUGGUCCUGAUGGGGCAUCAAUGAUUUUAUCUGCUUUUCUAAUAGGGACCCCUGCAGUUACGUUCUGUUUGAGAACGCUUUCGAGGACUCCAGAAGCUGAUCCAUUAUUUGGGCAGGUUGUGUCUAUUGUGGGGAUUGUGCUCACGAUUUUGGAUUUGAAUUUUCUAUUCUUAACAUCUUCAAGCAAUCCUGGAAUAAUCCCUAGGAACAAAAGCCCCCCUGAAUUUGAUGAGAUAUUAGAAGCUAGUGUAACAUCCAUGGAUUGGUAUAGCAGUACCACUUCUAUAAAAAUACCAAGGACAAAGGAUAUUAUGGUCAAUGGCUAUACAGUCAAAGUGAAGUUCUGUGACACCUGUUUGCUAUAUCGUCCACCACGUGCUUCUCAUUGUUCAAUUUGCAAUAACUGUGUUGAUAGAUUCGACCAUCACUGCCCGUGGGUUGGUCAAUGUAUUGGAGUUAGGAACUAUAGGUGCUUCCUGUUUUUCAUUACAACAGCGACAACCUUGUGCGUAUAUGUCUUCACAUUUUCGUUGAUGAAUCUCCUUCAUCUGCAAGGCAGUCUGUGCAGUAGGAUGUCAGAGGAUGUAGUGUCCGCCAUCUUAGUUGUUUAUUGCUUCUUUGCGGUCUGGUUUGUGGGUGGGCUAAGUGUUUUCCAUUUUUACCUUCUGUCUCAUAACCAGACUACUUAUGAAAGCUUCAGGUACCGAUAUGAUAAGAAGGAAAACCCAUUUAAUCGUGGUUUAAUUAACAACUGGAAAGAAAUCUUUUUAUCCAAGACCGCACCAUCACAGGUCAAUUUUCGAGAAUGGGUUGUUGGAGAAGAUGAAACGGUGAAGAGCUAUGCAAGCUAUAGAUAUGGUGGGAUCAGCUCCAAAAACAAGUUUGAUCUGGAAAUGGGAGUGGUACCCGAGAAUGAUAUUUUACCAAAUUUGGAUUACAAUGUAAUUGCUGACCGUUUGAAGAAGGAGAAGGACGGAGGCGUUGCUAAAGGUGAUAAGCCUAAGGAAGUCAAUUCCAGCUAGUAGUCAUCUGCAGCUCAUCGUACCUAAAGAGGUCAUAACAACAACGUUAGCACAUUCAGUGGUGGAGUGCAUUUGAUGGCCUGUAAGUGCAGGGGCAGAUUUUGCGAAAUGCGAGAACACUGGUGUUGCUUAAAACCUCUCCGUUUUGUUCAAACGAGGAUGACAUAUCCUUGUUAAGGGGAGGAAUUUGAGGGUGAAGAGCUGGACUAAAAGACACUUGGAAUCUUGCCUACUUGUCUUGGAUCUCAAUUUUCAAGAGUUGUAUUUUUUUUUUAAAUGAAACAAUGAUACACAAUAUUAUAUAUCUUUAUAAUUUUUCUACAGUGUGGAUGAAACUGAUAUGUGUUUUAGAAAAAGAAAAAGAAAAUUGUAUGUUUGGGGGUGUUGUACUUUGUUCUAUAUUUUUCCAAAGUAAGUUAGAGGGUACAUCUAUGAUGAAGCCUGGGGAGUUACAUUUUUGGAGAACCUUUAGAAUUCAGGUUUAAUUUUGUGAUAA